AUGUUUUCGAAAGUUUUCGACUGUAACAUUGUUAAAAUUCGAAAUCUUGCUCUACCUACAGAGGUUCAAAGUGGCGACAAUAAUUAUGUGUCACCCUGUAAGUUUGAGACGAUUAUUGAAGGAAGUACCACCAAAACUCUCGGAAUUAUUUUUUUGUGAAGCUGUAUAUAAAACGUGUAACUCAAAGAAACAGGAAGGAUAUGAAAUGUUAUGCCAAAUGUAUAGAGAUUUCUUGAUACGAUCAGAUUUUUAUGGAGAUUCUCCAACUCUUCGAAAAGACAAUACGUUUGAUGUUCGGGAAAUAGCCAUGUUUAUGAUUGAAAUGAAUCGAAGAGGUUGGUCAAAAUAUUUUUUUGUUAGAAAAAUUCUGAAAAAACAUUUUUUUUCAGGAUUUCUCGUGUAUGAAAAGGAAACGUGA